GCUGCGUCGCCGUCGCUGCGUCUGCUGUAUCCACCUGCUCUGGCUCCUUUACUGCCAUUCACGCCUGCAUACCGGUACACAGCACAAACACUGCCAGACACUGCCAGACACUGCUGCCAGAGCCGCACCGCGCCGACGGCUGCCCAAGUCCUCACGUCUCGCCCCGCGUACACCUGCCUCACCACACCACCCUCGUUUCUGGCUAAGCUCCCCGUCCGCGCUGCGUGCUACGCAUUCUCGCCCUGUCACCGUCGCACAAUCGCAAGCCUCCCGCGCAUAUCGCCCACUCUGCAUCACACACGCAACCGUUGGACCUGGCGUCCAAUCCCCAAUGACCUGACGCCGCGGCCAACCUCGACGCCUUACAGCCUGUGAUCGCGCUCUCGACAACCUCCCAGCAGCCGCCCUUUUUGGUUCUUGCAUGCCCUGUUAGCAGCCCGACAUGGCCCCCAUCUCCUCCGCCGACGGCUCGUCUGCGCCGCUCGCCGACUAUUUCUUCAUAUCCGGAAUCGAGAGUUCGCAAGUCUACGACGAGCGCCUGCAGCCCAACGGCCUCGUCGGCCCGCUCGCGUCCCCGCCCGUUGGCGAGACCAUCGAAGAAGAUCGUGCCCUUGAAACCGAUUCAAUUCGCCCAACCUCGCAAGACGGCCUGACCAGUGGCAACAUCACACGGCGGCGCUCCGGGCAGCGCCUGAGCGAGAACCGCCAAUCGGUGGCCACCAUCACCGCCCAUGACAGCAAACCAAUCGUCACCGCCAGCAACCGGAGCAGCGCUACCAUCAAGGGCGUGAACCUCGGCGGCUCCGGCCUCAGCGACGUCGACUUUGAGAAUGCCCUGCGCAAGUUCGCCUCCGAGCGAGACACGUUCCUCGAGGAAAUCUCCUUCACCGCAGGCGUUGCGCAACAAAGUCGCCAGACCCCGACCCGGCCGCGCCCCCGCCCACCACGAGUCUCGCAGGCACCAUGCGCAAAUGCCGAAGAUGGCAUCGCAAACCUAAGAUCAGGCGUAGGAAGCAUCCGAAGGCGCUUGUCGACAAUGCAGAGCAGUCUGAAGAGGCAGCCUUCGACAGCACGUCAAUCUUCAAUACGAACAUCAAAGCGCAUGUCAGGCUAUAACUCGGUCAUACCGGCGCCACAGCCUUUCAACCCGGAUCCUGACAUGCACCCACUCUUACGCCGUUACGAGCCCGUGCUCCUGGACCGCUAUCCACCAAGGAACAUGGUCGAAGAACUCAAGCGGCGAAACCCCUUCCCGGACUACGUUCCAAUGUUUGCUUUUCCCAACGAUGUCACUGUAGUGUCGUCCGACGAGCGACCAAAGUCUCAAUGGCACGGCUUUGCGAUGACUAAUGGUGACAGCUCUAAGCUCUACGGCAUCACGAUCGUUGUCUGGCUGCCGUUGAACGCAACAGCGGCGGAAGGGCUCGAGCGUCAAUGUGAAGAAUGGAGGAGAAAUCACAUGAACGCAGAAGAGAGAGAAUUAGCCAGCAGCCUGGGCGAACGCCUGGCCUUGGAGCGGGCGAAACUGUCGCAGCUGCUGGCCAAGCUGCCCGCCGUCCAGCCUGACUCAGAAGCGCGCGAUAACCUUGACGAGGAAAUCGGUGCAGUUGAGGAGAAAAUUCAGCUCAUGACAGACCUCCUUCGGCCAGUACGCCACGGAGCAGCGUCGAGGAUCGAAGGUCUGACUGAUGGAGAGUCUGGCCUCUGGAUCCCACGUGCUUACGGUGUUAUGGGAAGGGAUGCCAGUCUCACGCCUCUGUGGAAAGAAUGGCUAAAGGCAAUCGUUGUCCCCAUGACGACGGGCACCAUUCUCCGCGUUCCACCAAGCUCGCCGCGAGUGGGUAUGUGGCAACCACUCGAACGUUACGUCGUCAACCUCUGCGCCGAGGCUCUUAGUCCGAUUACCUCGAUUACCCAAGUUGAAUUGGCCGUACGCGAACUCCGGAUGUACGCUCGCAAGGAAGCAGAGAACGAGAUCCCAGGCUCUCGCAACAUUGACAUCUACGCACUCUUCCGCUGUCUCUCAAUCCCCAACAUUGUCACUCUCUUCGAGUACGUACUGGCUGAGGCAAGAAUCAUCCUCCUCUCCUCGCACACAGCUAUGCUUCACCUAGCAAGUAUGGCUAUUACAAACCUUGUGUAUCCGUUUCAGUGGUGCGGCGUCUUCAUCCCCGUUCUGCCAGCACGACUUGUGCAGACGAUUGAGGCGCCGUGUCCUUAUAUCGUUGGCAUUGAGCGGAGAUACGAGCCUACUGAUUACCCAGAUGACGACUUCGUCCUCAUUGAUCUAGAUCAGAACUCGAUCGUUUCGAACGGGCCUCCCCCUCCACCCCUGCCUCGCCAGCAGCGCCGAAAGCUCAUCUCCCUCCUUCAGCACUCAGCGCCCCACCACAUGCGCUAUGGCGUCCCGACUGGACCUCCAGCUUAUGCUGUAGAAGCGUUUCCACACGAUACAUUCUGCUCCGAGAACCCGUCUGUCUUCACACCCAAGGCACAUGCAUCGACCGUGCAAACCUACGUCGGUCUCAACUCCACGUCCUUCGGCACUGUCACCGGACCAGCGAGCGGACGGCCCCUGAUCUACAACGCGUUCCUACAAUCCAGCGCUCAUAGCCGUGGGAGCGACAGACCUUCCACGUCAUCUACCAUCAGGACCUUUUCAAACUCUCCUCCUUCACCGAAAGUCUCUCCGGUGUCAACCGUCUUCCCUCCUAUGCCCAGCACUCCAAUCUCCCGUAGCGAUUCAGGGUACGCACUGCAGGCGAAUUUGCGCGAGAAGCGUUCAGCGCAUUUCGACACCCAGUCGCGGCGCAGCUCUUCGUUCGGAUUCGAAAAGGUACCGCAAAUGAGGCGACCCAGUCAGCCGAUGCUAGGCCACGCGCCGAGUGCCUCAACAUCGUCAUUGAGUCAGGAAUUGCGAGCGGGGUCUUCUUACGCGCCAUCAGUGUACGCCCAGUCUACUCUGGCCGCUUCGACCAUCAUGCCCGGCAUGGCGAUGCAGCCCGUGCGCAACACGGCAACUGUGCAAUGGCAGGAGGGUCAUUGCUUGCAGUGGAGGCCGCAUGAAGAUAAGGCUUCCUGCUCGAUUUGUGAGGAAAAGUCGGAUGAGGGGCUCUAUCGAUGUUCCGGAUGCACUACCCACGUCCACGCUAGGUGCGCGCCGUCGAUCUGCAUCGUUUGCCCUACGGCUUUCCGACCCGAUCAAGUCCGCGCAUCGUUUGUGCGAUGCUUUGCCAGUCUGCUGUACACGUACCGCCGCUAUCUUGUACCGGCCACUGGCGAACGCAAGAAGUCCGGCAUGCUCUACCAGUUCCAAAUGGAAGAGUUUAUCAAAAACCAACCAGCCGAGAACGUCCAGUAUCUGACUGUGCUGCAACAAACGCAGGCUUUCAACGAGUUUGUUCACGAACGCGAGAGCAUCUCCGGCGACAACCCCAAGAUUAAGCUUUUCGAUGAGGUCAUUCUCGCAAAGAAGGGGCGUGGCGCGUCCUCAUACUUCUACAAGACCAAGGCCGAUUUUCUCUCCGACACCAGCGAUCAUCUUUGGCGCACCGCGCACGCUACUCCCCCGACGUCUCGUUUCCCCGGAGACUACCGAACGGUUGUCAGUCGGAUCCCCGCAAAGCUCGAUGUUACCCUUAUGAAAGAGCCACGCGUCAUCCAGGGCGUCCCCCGUCCGCAGAACGCAAAAGCACGGCGCAAGCCGAUACCCUCUUUACUGUCGAACGGCGUCCCCGCAUCAUGACAGCCAUCUCAAUCCACACCUCUUUUGACGACGAUCUGAUUUGCAUCGACACUUACGCCACACCUGGACCACUGUCACUUUGUUUUCUUUUUGUUCGUAUUUGUACAAUAACAGCGAUGGAGUUCUGGGCGUACCAGCCACCUAUUGCGACCGCCUGCAUGGCCAGGGUUGGUUUCUGGACAAAUCAAUCUGUGAACCUCGCAUCUACGGUGGUUGGACGGGACCUCUGGUCUUUGGAUAUCCCGUCACCUAUGGGGUAAGAAAAGUUGGAGGCACAUUCGACCUGCACGAUAUCACUUGUAAUGUUUCGUCCGCAUCCGCUCGUUUGGAUUCCGCUUGUAAUCCGCGGAUCCUUCCUUCUUGUAGUAUAUUGAGGCUUAGGACAGGGGCACCGCCCGAUAUAGAUAUGCAGUCCGUCUGGAUAGCAACAAUACAACAUGC